AUGGCCACAAAACAAGCAAGGAAAGACGACGAUAAAAUUUUGAAUCAAUUCGUGAAGGAAGCCAAAAGAGAAAGAACGAUUGAUACAAGCAAGAACUUUUUCUUUUACUUUGUAGCUUUGUUGACUACAUUCUUACCAUCAUAUCUUUUCCAAGGAGUUUUGAAUCUAGAAUUUUCAGGAGCUACCAUUGUUCUUUAUCUUGCUGUUUCUAGCGCUUCAGCUUAUUUCCUCUCUAAAGCAUAUGUUUUCUAUUAUUUACGUAAGAAACCAGUUUUGAGUGAUUCCUAUGAAAAGGUUCUCUCUUCAGCAAAGGGAGCCAUCAAGAAGGGAAUGGGUGAAAAGGAGAAGUUGGCUGAUUUAGGUGCUACCGGACAUGCUUUGUUCAUUUCCAAUGUCAUCUUCUUUGCAAUUACUUUGUUCUUAAGCUUCUACUCUUUGAAGAGACUUGAUGUCCGUAUUAAUUAUAUUGCUUCAUUGACAUUGGCUUCUUUGGCUACUAAUUACAUCUCCAAGCCAAGAAACAAGUAA